AUGUCCCCCUCAUCUGCUGCCCCAGACACCCUUCCCAUCAUCACCAUUGCCCCCUACCUGCCCACCUUGGCGGCAAACCACUCGGACACUGACCGCGCUGCUACGGCCAAGGCUCUCCACGAAGCAUGUCGCGACAUUGGCUUCCUGUACCUCAAUGUCGACGGGUUCGUCUCACCCGAUGAGAUGCAGAACGCACUUGACCUUGCCCGCGAGUUCUUCCAUCGCCCCCAGGAGGAAAAGGACGAUAUCCUGCUCACCAAGGCCGACGGCGCGCGCGGCUAUCAGCGACUCCGCCAGAACGUGACUAUGGGCAAGGCCGACCACCAUGAAGGUCUCGACAUGUAUGCUCCAAGCCCAUUCCCAGACACGCCCGAGAACGCCAAGCGUCACCUUGGCGGCGCGAACCAGUACCCGGUCAACCCUCCAGCGCUCAAGCCCCUGCUCGAGGACUGGAUCGUCAAGAUGAAGACCCUCGGCAAAGCUGUGAUGCACGGAAUGUGCGACGGUCUGGGGAUGGACGAAAAGGAGUGGCAGGACAUGUGGGCAAUCAACAACGACUCGUUCUGGAGCAUGCGUCUUAUCGGCUACCCUGCUCUUCCCGACGGCCAGGACGGAAUCUCUUGCGGCGAGCACAAGGACUAUGGGUGUCUGACUUUCCUUCACGCCGACGACUGCCCCGGCGCGCUCCAGGUUCUCUCCAAGUCUGGGGCAUGGCUCAAUGCCGACAUGGUGCGCGGGUGCUUUGUGGUCAACAUUGGCGCCAUGUGGGAGCGCUGGACUGGCGGCCUGUACCCUGCCACUCUUCACCGUGUGGUCCACCGCUCCCCCACGUACCGCGUCUCCAUCCCAUUCUUCUUUGAGCCCAACUUUGACGCCCCCAUCGACCUCCUGCCUGCUGCCAAGCGCAAGACUGCUGCAGAGGGCCGCAAGAUUGAGGAGCCCGAGGGCAAGCUGAAGUAUGGCGACUACCUGCUGUCCAAGGUUACGAGCAACUUCAAGUACGAUGAUGACGAGGCAUAA